AUGGAAGAGCUCACGGCAUUCGUGUCGAAGUCGUUCGACCAGAAGAGCAAGGAGAGCAGCAAGGAGAGCAUCACGUACCGGGAGGUUCUGGAGAGUGGGCUGAGCAGGGCCAGGGAGCUGGGCAGCCCGGAGAGCAACCUGCAGGACGUACCGGAGGGCUGCCCGGUGCUGCUGUUCAAGGACCACGGCGAGCUGGACAAGGACAAGCUGAAGGACUUUAAUGUUUCCAGGUCGACCGAGGGGAUCUACGAGUGUAAGGAGAAAAAGGAGGAGGUGAAGUCAGAGGACGAGGACGCGCAGGGUAAGCUGAAGCAGCGGAGGAGUCGCACUAACUUCACGCUGGAGCAGCUCAACGAGCUGGAGAGGCUGUUCGACGAGACGCACUACCCGGACGCCUUCAUGAGAGAGGAGCUGAGCCAGAGACUGGGCCUGUCCGAGGCCCGGGUGCAGGUCUGGUUUCAGAACAGAAGAGCAAAAUGUCGAAAACAAGAAAACCAGAUGCACAAAGGCGUUAUCCUGGGCGGCGGCAGUCACCUCGACGCCUGCAGAGUAGCACCCUACGUCAACAUGGGUGCCCUCCGGAUGCCCUUCCAACAGGUCCAAGCCCAGCUCCAGUUGGACGGGGUCGCCCACACCCACCCCCACCUGCAUCCUCACCUGGCGGCUCACGCCCCCUACCUGAUGUUCCCUCCCCCUCCGUUCGGACUACCCAUCGCAUCGCUCGCCGACUCGGCCUCGGCGGCGGCGGCGGCGGCGGCGGCCAAGAGCAACAGCAAGAACUCGAGCAUCGCCGACCUGCGACUCAAGGCAGGACUUCUGCGGGGCCAGUGGCUCAGUCCACUCCAGGCACAGAUCACGGCCCAAGGACCGUACAAACACAUGUGGAUGUCUGUCUGA